AUGCCGCCGCCCAAUCUCCAAGCGCGCGACUACAUCGGCCUCGUCCCCGCCGCGCCCUCCGCCUCCUCCUGCUCCUCCUCCGCCUCGGGCGACGCCGGCCCGCACCUCGCCCUCCGCCUCGGCCUGCCCGGCCGCGACCACCCGGAGGCCGCCGUCGACGCCGCGCUCACGCUAGGGCCGGCUCCAGCUACUGCUCCCGUCCCUCACAGGGGCGGCGCCAAGCGCGGGUUCGCCGACUCGCUCGACCGCUCCCCUGCCGCUGCUGCCGGGGCUGCCGGGGAGGAAGACAAGCACAAGGGCGAAGCCGCCGCCGCCGGAGCCGGAGCUCCUCCAGCCGCCAAGGCACAAGUUGUUGGAUGGCCGCCUGUUCGGAGCUACCGUAAGAACACGCUAGCCGCCAAUGCCACAAAGACCAAGGCCGAGAACGAAGGUAGAAGCGAGGCAGGGUGCUGCUAUGUCAAGGUCAGCAUGGAUGGAGCCCCGUACCUAAGGAAGGUCGAUCUUAAGACUUACUCCAGCUAUGACAACCUUUCCCUGGAGCUGGAGAAGAUGUUCAGCUGCUUCAUCACUGGCAAAAGUAGUUCCUGCAAAACUUCGACGAGAGACAGGCUCACUGAUGGUUCUAGGGCUGAUGCUCUUCAGGACCAAGAGUAUGUACUUACCUAUGAAGACAAGGAUGCUGACUGGAUGCUUGUUGGUGAUCUUCCUUGGGACUUGUUUACCACUACUUGUCGGAAACUGAGAAUCAUGAGAGGCUCUGAUGCUGCUGGAAUGGCCCAAGAUAGCUGGAACCGACCGGCCAGAACAAACAGGAGGCGUCCGUCCGUCCUGGUCUCUCCUCCUCCUGAAGUCUUCUGUCUGAAUCACGCAAGUGUGGAAUUUUGA